AUGAGUAGUGUUAGAUUGAGUUUUGUAUCCGUGGGAAGGAUAGCAGUAAGAAGAAAUUCACAAAUAUCGGGUGCUCAACAAUGUCGUACUUUACGACGGACGUGCCCUCGAGAGUUCAGCACUUGCUCGGUGCUGUGCAAGAGCCCCACCGAGCAACCACCCGGACCACCACACUCACACCCUCCAAAGGAAGCUGCUAAUGCAGGUUCAUCAUCAGGUGGCAAAAAGUCAGGGUCUGGUAACAACAAUGGAGUCCUCACGUGCCCAAAGUGCGGCGACCCCUGCACCCACGUCGAGACCUUCGUCAGCUCCACACGGUUCGUCAAGUGUGAUAAGUGCCACCACUUCUUCGUGGUGCUCAGUGAGGUUGACACUAAGAAGAGCAUUAAAGAUAAUGCGGAUAAUAAGUCUGGAUUCUACAGAAAACCUCCGCCACCUCCUAAGAAAAUCUUCGAAUACCUAAACAAACACGUUGUGGGUCAGGAGUACGCUAAGAAGGUGCUGUCUGUGGCUGUGUACAACCACUACAAGAGGAUCUACAACAACGUGACCAGCGUCACGCCGGCAGAUGCUCACCAUCCCUUACAUCAUACGCACAGAGAUCUCCUCCACUUAAGCCACGGCACCAACAGCGGCGGCGCCGAGGUGCUCGAGCGACAGCACCACGAGCUGCGCCUCGACAAGAGCAACGUGCUGCUCCUGGGGCCCACUGGAUGCGGUAAAACUCUAUUAGCACAAACGAUAGCGCAAUGCCUGGACGUGCCGUUCGCGAUUUGCGACUGUACGACGCUCACACAGGCUGGGUACGUCGGCGAGGACAUCGAGAGUGUCAUCGCCAAACUAUUGCAGGACGCCAACUUCAACGUGGAGCGAGCACAGACGGGUAUCGUGUUCUUAGACGAGGUGGACAAAAUCGGUGCAGUGCCGGGUAUACACCAACUUAGAGAUGUUGGAGGCGAGGGCGUGCAGCAGGGCAUGCUGAAGAUGCUGGAGGGCGCCGUGGUGUCGGUGCCGGAGCGGAACUCGCGCAAGCUGCGCGGGGACGCCGUGCAGGUCGACACCACCAACAUACUCUUCGUGGCCAGCGGGGCCUACAACGGACUCGACAGACUGGUGCAGCGUCGCAACAACGAGAAGUACCUGGGGUUCGGCGCGUGGGACCCGCGCUCGGGCCGCCGCGCCGCGCUGGCCGCCGCCGCCAGCGACGCCUCGCCGCUCGACUCCGCGCGCGCAGAGAACGACGAGCGGGACGCCUGGCUGCGGAAGGUGCAGGCCAGGGACCUCAUCGACUUCGGGAUGAUACCGGAAUUCGUCGGAAGAUUCCCCGUAUUAGUACCUUUCCAUAGUCUCAAUCAAGAUCUGCUCGUACGGAUACUAAAAGAACCUAAAAAUGCUAUGGUAUCUCAAUACAAACUGCUGUUUGCGAUGGACAAGUGCGAGCUGACGUUCAGUGACGAGGCGCUGAAGGCCGUCGCAGCGCUCGCCAUGGAACGGAAGACUGGCGCCCGUGGUCUUAGAGCCAUCAUGGAGAACCUGUUGCUGGAGGUGAUGUUCGAGAUCCCCGGGUCGGACAUCUCGUCGGUGCACAUCCACGAGGGCUGCGUGGCGCGCGCCGAGCCCCCGCACACGGCGCGGCGCCGCGAGGCGGCCGACCGGCCCGCGCACGCGCACGACCUCGACGACUGGCCCUCGGUGCGCCUGCACAACUGUACGUAG